AACUGAAAAGCAAACGAGCUACAAAACAAUCACCUUCUACUGUUUUACGCAAUAAGCAGCGGCAAAACAAAAAUGGCGGUGUUGCAGAAACGCCUCUUCUGCAGCGCGGUCCCGAAGAAAUGGCCGGUGAAGCAAGUGACCAAGACCAAUUUCCCAGAAUCCUUGGAGGAGAUAAAGCGCCACAUCUCCAGCUCCGACUUCGUCGCCGUGUCGCUGCAAAAGACGGGCUCGUUCUCGGCGCCGUGGCACCGCCUCCUGCCCUUCGACACCGCCGACACGGCCUAUUCCAAGGCCAAGUCCUCCGCCGAGCGCUUUCAGCUCUUCCAGUUCGCCCUUUGCCCUUUCUCCCUUGAAAACUCCAAGCUCGUCGCUCACCCGUAUAACUAUUUGUUGUACCCUAGGGAUGAACUGAAAUUGGGGAUGCCAUCUUACAGUUUCUCGUGCCAAAGUUCGCAUUUGACCUCCAUGGCUCGAGAAGGUUUUGACUUUAAUGCCUGCAUUUAUCACGGUAUAUCUUACUUGUCUAGAGAACAAGAAACUGCAGCUAAAAUUCGGAUAGGGAAUCCGAGUCCCAGCACUCUUGUAGUUGAUUCUAGUUUUGCCCCUAGUGUUGCUGAUUCUAUAUUCAUGGAAAGAUUAAAAUCACGAGUUAUUCGCUGGAAGAGUGCGUGUCAAAAACCCAAGGAUAGCAGAAAUGAGGUUCUGAUGAAUUCAUUAAGAAAACUUAUUAUGGGAAGUGAAUAUUAUGGGUCUAGACCAUCCAUCAAUUUAGAUGUUUGCAGUGAACGUCAAGUGCAACUUGUUCUAGAGGUGUUAAGAGAAUUCUCUGAUGAACUUGUUCCUUUACUAAUCCCAGCAAAGAGUGGAGGAACCCAGGCAGUCCGUGUGGUUUUAGCAAGCUCAAAAGAGGAUAAGGAAUUUUUUGAGGAGGAGCUGCGAUGCCGUGAAGAGGAAGAAAACAAGAAAUUUCGGGGAUUUCGAGAGGUGAUCGAUUUGAUUUCUGCUUCACAGAAACCUGUUGUCUCCUACAAUUCCCUUACUGACUUUACAUUUAUUCACUCGAAAUUCCUUGCUCCUCUACCUCCCACCAUAGAUGAGUUUGCGAGCUCUUUACGCCCGGUUUUCCCCCAUGUUCUUGAUGUCAGCCAUCUGAUGAAGGUUGUUCGUCCUCUAAGAAAAGUGGCCAAUAUACCUGUAGCUAUUUCCUACCUGAACAAUCAUUUCUUUGCGCCUGUUGAUAUUGAAAUCUCUCACCAAGCCACAGAAAAUGAAGGCAGGAAUCAUGGGCUUAAUGUCAUAAGAAUAUGUCAUUUAUUUGCAAAGCUCUGCUCCAUUCUCAAAAUUGGGAGCAGUUCCACCAUGUCGGGGAAUGAUGUACUUUUAGCUCCGGCUCUUGAAGAGUGUACAAACGUUUUCAAUGCAUUCUCUACCAGCUCUGAAGAAUCAAUCGACGAGGAUAUCAGUGUCUGGACAGAGAGCACAAGAAAAGUCAGCUGUGAGCAUUUGGUUUUCUUGUGGGGAUUUGGAAGCGGGACGACUGCUGGAAAGCUGAAGAGCUUGCUCAACAAGUCACAUUACGUAUCCUCCAAAGAGUUCGAUAUUCGGUUAGUGGAUAAAAGUUGUGCCAUCCUUGUUUUCUGGCAACCUGGCUUGGCUGAAACCUUUCUGGAUGUUAUGAAUAACAGUGAAGAGAUCACUGGGUCUUUAAGGGAGCUGGUUUCCGAGGGCCUGAGAGCAGCUUCUUAUGAGACUUACAAGAGGGUCUGUAAGUUGCCCAUAUGGGAAGCAGACUUAGGAGAGUCCUUGGACAGAGCGUUGGAAGAUUCUGACUGUCUCACAGAAGCUCAUUCUAAAGCAACUCCCAAAGAAAUUUACUGGUCCAAUGAUGAUAUGAUUAAUCUCGAUGAGCUUUGAUGUUUCGAUUCAUUUUUUGAAGAUAAGACCCACUAACCAAUGCAGAGAAGGGAAUUUUCUAUGCUUGAGAUAGUCUUCUCCCAUUUAACUUCAAACGUAUUUGGAGGGAAAACAAAGUAGGCUUUUCUAAUGCAAGUCAUCCUACUUUGGUUUGUUAAUAGAGACUGAGUUUUCUUCAAAAGGUUGCACCAAGUUAUUUUUUGUUUUGGUCCUUUGUAAGGGUAUAUAUUGAUUUUAUAUCUGAUAUUGUAUCCGAUAUUGAUCAUUAACAGUUGCUGAAUUCA